CGCAUAUACGCCCCAUUUUCAGUUACCACUAAACCAGAGAAUCGGGCACAAGAUCUCAACCUCUCUCUGUUCUCUCUCUUCUUCUUCUUCCUCUUUCUCUGGUUCUCACUCCGCGACCUCAUUAGGGAAAAACGCAGAUCGGAAAUGAAAGAAGAUCGCGGCCGGUCGUCGUCGUCGCGUUGACGAUUCUGAGUUUUCCGAUGCACUGAGGUGGAGGCCGGAGCGUGAAUUUUCUUUGAUCCGGUAGGGUUAAAUUGGUUGAGGGCCGAAUUGUGGUUCCGAGGCUCUUGGAAUAUGGACUCGUUCUGGAGCCACAGUGCCGCCCCGGACUCGUUGCAUUUCCUCGUCGCUAUCUCCUUCGCCGUUGGAUUCUUCUUCGCUCGCCUCUUCCUUGAUAGGCUCGUCUUCACCAGACUCGCCAUCUGGUUGUCGACUAAAGGUUCUGCUCCUUUGAAGAUUGAUAUGGUCCAACGGGCAAAGCUUGUAAAAUGCUCGGAGUCAAUGUGGAAGUUAACAUACUAUGCAACUGUCGAAGCCUGCAUUCUCAGCAUAAGCUAUCAGGAGCCAUGGUUCACAGAUACAAGCGAGUUCUUCAAAGGAUGGCCUAACCAAGAGUUGGGGCUUCCCUUGAAGCUUGUGUAUAUGUGUCAAUGUGGAUUUUACACCUACAGCAUUGUUGCUCUCCUCACAUGGGAAACCCGAAGGAAGGAUUUCUCAGUGAUGAUGUCUCAUCAUGUAAUUACCGUCUUCCUGAUUGGGAUGUCAUACAUUACAAGCUUUUUCCGGAUUGGCUCCAUCAUUCUUGCCCUGCAUGAUGGAAGUGAUGUAUUCAUGGAAGCUGCCAAGGUCUUCAAAUAUUCGGGGAAGGAGCUUGCAGCAAGCGUGCUGUUUGGAUGUUUUGCUGUUUCAUGGCUCGUGCUGCGGUUAAUAUACUUCCCCUUCUGGGUCAUAAGCUCUUCAAGCUAUGACCUCGUCAAGCACUUGGAUUUGUCAAAGUCCUCUCAUACAACACUGUACUAUCUGUUCAAUACGAUGUUAAUGACGCUGCUUGUGUUCCACAUAUACUGGUGGGUUAUGAUAUUCUCAAUGAUUAGGAGACAACUGAAUAAUAGUGGAAAGGUUGGAGAAGAUAUAAGAUCAGAUUCAGAUGAUGAUGAUUAGGUGGAAAGAUUGUGUGCAAGGUUCUCUUGUCAUUGUUAAUGCUGACCUGUAUGUAGGUUAUAGCUGCACUCAAAACUGGCCCUUAUCUGUAGGAAGGGGUUGAUAAUCUCUUCCAUUAUCAAAUUUUGUUUGAGCUUCACAGAUCAUGGCUCAUCUUACAGUGUAUUAUUUUUCUUCUCUCUUUUUUGGAUGGAGUCUCAUGUUAUAUGGUGUAUAAGUGAUAGGUAAAUUCGUGUAUAAUUCUUCUCUCUGGAUAAUCACAUGUAUUGAAAUUAGCUUUUGUAUGGACAAAUGAAAGGUAUUCACAAAUUAGUAAAGAGAAUAUUCCAUGGAAUGGUUUUUCUUCA